GAAUUAUUCAAUAGUUGAAUACAAGGUGAGCUUCUAACUCUGAGACUCUCAAGUUGGUUCUGUUAGAAGUCACAACAAUGGACUUUAAAGCUUUGAUAUUUUUUGGUGCUCUGUUGAUUGAUAGUUGUAUCAGCUUUGAUCAAGGAGGUCAUGGAGGUAGGGAACUUGAUCGAGGAGGUCAUGGAACUAGAGAAACUUAUCAAGGAGGUCACGAUGGAGAUCAUGGCAGAUAUUUAGGAGGAUAUUAUGAUAUUGAUGAUUAUGUAGCUGUAGGACCUCCACCUCAAAUAGUUCUAGAUUAUCAAGGAGGUCAUGGAGGUAGGCAACUUGAUCAAGGAGGUCAUGGAGGUAGGCAACUUGAUCAAGGAGGUCAUGGAGGUAGGCAACUUGAUCAAGGAGGUCAUGGAGGUAGGAAACUUGAUCAAGGAGGUCAUGGAACUAGAGAAACUUAUCAAGGAGGUCACGAUGGAGAUCAUGGCAGAUAUUUAGGAGGAUAUUAUGAUAUUGAUGAUUAUGUAGCUGUAGGACCUCCACCUCAAAUAGUUCUAGAUUAUCAAGGAGGUCAUGGAGGUAGGCAACUUGAUCAAGGAGGUCAUGGAGGUAGGCAACUUGAUCAAGGAGGUCAUGGAGGUCAUAGACUACAUGGAAGAGGACGUAUACCUGAAUGUCCUGAAUGAGUAUAAUUUUGUGGAUUUAAGUGAGAUUUUCAAUAUUUCAAGUGAUUGUGGAGGAAUAUUAUUGUUUGGAUUUGUGUUUUGAAAUUAAUCAAUCUGAUAAACUCGAAAUUGUAGUAGAUACAUUUUUUGGACUCAAAAUAAUGUGUGAAUUAAGUUAUCAUUCUAACAUAACCUGUAAUCUAGUCUAGCUAGACUGUGUUUUAACUUCUCGACCUGAGUCACGUAAGUGUGAGUUGAGCCUUAGUCUUUCAAUAGCCGGAGACAUGAUGGAACACAUUCAAGUGAUGAUUGGAAGAAGUAUGAGAAUCUGAAAUAAUAAUUUUUAUUUGGGUUUUAUAUGUAAAUUUUGAAUCAGCAGCUUCUGAAUCAAAAUUGCUGACCUCUGAGCAAAAUGAGGCAAUUUUUUGUUUGGAAACUUGUUUUUGUUCAAUCAGAUGUUUGAUAUUUAUUUUGUAUGUUAAUUUUUCCCAUUGAUGGAAUAAUAUUAUAAAUUCAAUUAAUGAUAUUUGUAUAUUAAUGGAUUGAUUCUGGAUGUUUUGUCGAAUAUGAAUAAAAUAUGAGAAUUGGCAA